AGCUUACGUGGAUUGCCCACUCGUCGUUGCAGAGUUACCUCUCACCUCUUCUUUCUUUCUGUGUUGCUGCUGUUUGUUUAGCUUGGCUACCCAACAAAUCAGCGGCAGCUCUUCUCCCUGUUUGUCCAGCGCAGCCUAUCCAAUCCUUAGAGAAAAAAAGAAAGGAGAAGCCUUUUAACAUGCGACGCUGAGCUCGGAACACUACAGUUACUAUUUUUUCCCUCUUUUUGCGUAACUUUAUCUAUCGUUGUUUCUUUUGUACUCCUCGCUCUCUUCGGCAGCGUGUUAUGCGACACAGAGGCACGAGAUAGUACUAGUUGACAGCGGAAAGCAAAGCAAGUCAAACAGGAAAAGAAAAGGAGCGCGCAACAUACGUUGUUAGAAGCGCUUUUCCUUUCUCCUUCUUUGUCGUACCGCACACUACUACAUAGAAUCAGCUGCGUUGUCUUCUUCUUUUUUUUUUGCUAUCUGACGAUCAGCUCUACAGGUCAGCAAACGAGGUGUGUGUGUGUGCGUGCGUGUGUGUAUGGCUGAGACGCGUUGGCGUUCUGUUGACAGUUGCAUCGCCCUUUCUCGGGGUUGUUGUUGUGUACGGCAAUCGUUUGUGCUACCGCUUCGUUCCGCAUUCCUCGUACUUAGUGAAUCGUUUCUUUAUUAUUAACUCUUUCUUUUGAAUUUGGGAGUCCAGGAAAACAAGUCAUUUUCCACUUCCUUUCAGGCGUGGUCGCGCUUGUCUCCUGCUUGUGUUUUUUUUCUUCUGCCUGCAAGUGUUCCUCUUUUACAUAUACAUCUCUUUUUUUCAUAGACGUGCUUUGGGGGUUUCAAUCUCCCUUCUUGUGCUGGCUACUGCGCAGUGUCGCACGUACGCCUUCUUCUUUUUCAAAGCUCUCUCUCACUCUCUCUCAUACCACGCUCCCCCUGAAAGAAAAAGAAAAAGUAUAUAUCGAAAGAGAGGAAACGCCACCACGGCACAAAUCGAUCGAACAGGCAGCGGCGUGCUGCCACGACGGGCGUAAUGGACUAUCUACUCGGCGUCUUGUACGCCACCAAAAAGUACGAGUUCCUCGAUACCUCGAGGCUGCAGCAAGGCGCGGAUGUGCACUGCAGAUUAGCGGACAACAUCAACGUUAACCCGACGGCAACAAGCGCGGGAGACGACGGCGACACCGUCUUGGCUGCCAAGCGAGCCCGUCGCUCCACGGCGCGACCGGCUCCCUCGCCUGCCACGAUCCUCGUGAACAUCGCAGACGGACUCCACAGGAACGGUGCUGACGCGGACGUUGCCGCUGCCGCUGGUGCAACAAAUUCAGCGGAGACUGCAGCAGCAGCGCCAGCGGGUGCAGAGACUUCCUUUCAUGGCGAAGGCGACGAAGCCGCCGGCACAGCGUGGCGUUCGCCCGCGAUGUCGGCCAACGUGCAGAGCGCACGUCUGCUGUCGUCCUCGCUGAAGGACGGCGGUGCGGUUGCCUCCUUUUCUCUCUUUUCGCAGCCGCGUGAGAGCGGGGCGCUCAGUCCCCUCCUCCCUGGUCUGUCGGUGCCGGCCGCCGCCAUCGCCGCUGCCGCCGCGGACGGUGCUGCCAACAUCGCUGCGGCGAUCCCUUGCCCGCAACGCCUCGAGUACAACGUGCCGACCAGAGUCCUUGCCGGCAAGUAUGUGCUGGUCUACUUAGUUUCCCCCCACCGGCCUAUCACGGUAGGGCAUAUUGCACAGCUCUGGGGCGGCUCCCCUGGUGGCGCGGUGGCGGGUGCAAACCAGCCCAGUGGCGUUGGUGGUGGUGGUGGUGGCGGCAAUCGCAGUGUAGGGCCGCCGUCGGGACCGACGCUGUUGAACAGCCCGCAGAUGGAGCCGCUGAAGGGGCGCUUUGGUGGCGCCGCCUCCGCCUCCUCGCUGCUGCCCGGCUUCAGUCCACACGUGUCGCCGCAAGCCAGCGCUGCUCGACCGAGCUUCACCGCCGCGCUGGCCAAGUCCUCAGACCCCUUCAGCUCCGGCGGUAACCCCGCCAGCGGUCACCCACACGGUCUGAGUGCCACCGCCGCUGCGGUGCAGCCCAGCAACGGCCAGCCGCUUCCACUGUCGGCGGUGCGCGCGACGGCAGCGGCGGUGACCACGCAUCAGAAGCUCCUUCUUUUUUACUGCCUCCUCCUCCGCCGGCUCGCGAGUCGCCCAGUCAGUGAGAAGGCACCGCCGUCAAAGCUGAUCGAUGAUGAGGAGGGCGUGACGGUGGCGACGACGCAGGUGCCGGUGGCGGUGUUAGAGUUGCACUACACCACCGAGGGUCCACUGCGCAACAACAGCGUCGGGCCCACCACAGCAAGCGGCGGAAAUCAAGGCGCCUCUGAUGCACACGGCGGGGCGACGCCCUCCGGCUCGCUGGCAGGUGUCAGCGCUGGUGGUGUCGGCGGCGGUGGUGGUAGUGGGUUGGCGGGCCCCAGCGGGUCUGGGCAGCACAGCUACAGUCUUCCGCCUGGGUCGCCCCUGACGGCGCCGAGCCACCCCACGCAGUUCAGCAGCGGUGCCAGUGGUGCCAGUGGUGGCCGCAGCAUCUCCGUGCACCCGGUGUCGUCGUCAUCCACGAACAGUGGCGGCAAUGCCAACGUGGGCGGCUUCUCUUCCACCAUGGCGUCGGCGAUGGUCUCGCCGCAUCUGAUGUCACCAGGUCUCGGCUCCUUCAGCGCCGUGGAUGACGCGGCCGCAGAGCCGACUGCAAGCCGCCUCCUCAGCUCAAUCCUCCGCCACUUACAGGAGGGGAAGCCGGACGCGUGGCUUUCGCCGGACAAGGUUGUCUUCGACAGCGACAUCACACAGAACCCGUACUACGGCGGCUGGUACGCAGUGAAGAGCAACGACGGCUACCGGCGGGUCAUGCAGCUGAGCGGGGUGCAGUCGUGGCCAGCGGUCAUAUUGGUGGACCCCGCAGGCAACAUCGUCACGGUCUCCGCCUUGCAGCACGUCGAGGAGGAACUUGCCCAGUUCACCGCGGAGGUCGAGGCGAAUCUUGCGAAAUCGGCCGCCGCUGUUGCCGCUGCUGCUGCUGCUGCUGCGGCGGAGCGUCCCACACCCGCCGACUCCCCUUCGUCGCUUCCUCCCAGCACCACUGUCACAGGGCCGCUCGUGCUGAAUUCAACAGCGGAGGAGCGAGUGGCCAGCGACGGUGCGAAGCGUCAGCCAUCCCAGGCAAUCAGCGCCGCCGACGACGGCAGCGAAGCCGUCCCCUCUCCCCUUCCGUCGCACCCACUCGACGCCGCCACGCUCGGCCCCGGUGCGGCCGCCUCCGAGGGCAAAGCAGAUACCAACACUUCACCCCUCACAGCGUCGUCCAGCCCCGUCGCGCCCGGCGCGGCCGACGGCGGCAGAGUCGAGUUCAUGUUCUGCCGCUCCAGCACCAGCCCCCUCGCCAGGACCGCCGAAGGAGCGGCGAUGAACAUGAAGGCGGAGAGAACGAUGGUCUACUCGCCAAGCCGCCUCGACGACUCCAAGUCGACCACCACCACGUCGGCGCAUCUGCGCGAGCCGUCUAUUCCGUGCGACGACCCGCAAAUCCCGACGGCGGAUCCGACGCCGAUACGGCAGAUGCCGACGACGGCCCGCUACCGCGACGACGGCGCCAUUCGCGCCAUUCCGCUCGCAGAGGAGAUGACGCCCGUGCGCCACGACGGCGGAGGCGACGAGCGCGGAUCCAGCGCGACGCAGGGCUUCUCGCUUCCCAGCUCCAUUCCCCAGCUUACCUCUAUCACGAGCACCGUCAAAGGGACGUCGACGAGCGACGAGCAGAGGCUGACGGAGGUGAAGUCGGGCAGCACGGAGGCCUUCCACGACAUCAAGAAGCAGAGCGGCAGCUGGACCGGCGAGAAGGAGGGCGAGGACACUCACGAGAAGUCAACGAGCCUCGCCCUGCUACCCCCAGCGCAGCCGCCGAUGCUGCAUAUGCUGGAAAGCCGCGCCGCGAACAACGUCUCGGCCAGCAACUACUCCCUCAACAACUCCUCCUUCACAGAAGGCUACGUCUCGUUGCCGAGCUGGAAUCCAAAGGCGUACGGCGGGGACGUGGCGGGCGUGAUCGCCGUGCACGGGAUGGAGUCAGAGUCCAACACACCGAUCCACACAGGCUCUAAAUCGCUGUUUGUACCGGGCGGACAAAAGCCGCUGCCGCCGAUGCCGCCGUCAAAAUCACAGCAGCAGCAACAGCAUCCGGCUGGCCAAGACCUCUCCUCGCACGAUGCCGUUGUCGUCGCUGGUGGUGGUGGCGGCGGCAAGGAAGCUGCGGUCACCUCGCCGGAGCAACCCAGUUCCUCGGCGCCACACGCUGCGUUGAGUGAGGGCAGUCAGAAGGUUGCCCUGAACACGUCCUCCUCGAAGGUCCCGCGCGAUCUCAUGGCAGCCGCCUCUGGUGUGUCGGCGAUUCCACGACUGCCGGCAUCGCUGGUGCAGCUACCCCUCUUCACGUCGCACUUUCCGUGGAACUUGAUGAUGCCGGAGCCGAUUAUGGUGUACACGACGCCCUCGAACGUAAAGCAUGUCAAGGGAAAGGGCAGCGAGGAGGGAGGAAAGGCGGAGAGCGCGCAGAAGGCGUUUCAGCGGCACGUGCAGGAGAGAGUGGAGGAGCGCAAGCGGAAUGAGUCCCCGGCGGCGCGUGCAGCCAGCCAUAAGCCACGUCCGCCUGCCAUGGCGAGCAAGGACGAACCAGAAACAGCAGCAGGAACAGCAGCGACAACUGUAAAUGCAGCAGAUCACGGCAUUGAUGGGUCGAGCGGCACCCUCAGCGCCACCGCGAGCACACGUUCGGCGGCGGUGGUGAUGCCAGCGGCGAUGGUGCUCCGUCAGAGCAUCCCAAGCGGAUUGGGCCGCAUCGCAGCCGGGAGCACCGGCGCCUCUACGCCGGACGGCGGUGGGUUGCCGCUGGUGGUGGAGGCCGGCAACGGCGCUGCGACGCCGCAGCUGCUGGUGCGGGUGCCGACGGCUCAGCUGGAGUUGACGACGUUUGCGGAGACGUCUCCGCUGGUCGUGUCGGAGCGUAACUGGCCGGUUCAUCCUCUGCGCCGUAUUGUGCUCUGCUCCAUCCCCGUCGCGGAGGUGGCGGAGCGCGCACGCAACGCAGCGAACAACGGCAAUACUGAUAAUAAUAAUAAUUUUCUCUUCGCUGGUGAGGAGACGCGGACGAUACCGAGCGGCAGCCCGCCUUCUGCAGUGGCGGUCAACACCACCGCUGCCCUCAACACCACACCGAGCAGUCUUGUGAUGCUGCCGCUGUCGAUUGGUGACAGCACCGACGACGGUACCCACCCUUCGCGCAGCUCCUCUCCCCUGUCGCAUAGCGUGCGUCCCGACGUGUCACAGCCACCUCCGUCACUCGACCGCCCGCAGCAGCAACAGCAGCAGCAAAGAGCGUCGUUGACGAUGUUGGAAGAUUGGCUGCAAGACACCCCUACCAAGUUCGACGCCUCCACCAAUGUCCUGUUGUUGUUUGGAGCUGGGUGGCAUCCGGGGAUGUCGAAGUGCGUGCGGGCACUGCGUCGCCUGCAGGACUCUAUUAACGGCCGCUCCCCCAACGACGCAAAACGUGCAGAUGGUGACACCGCGAUGAGCAGCGGAGGGCGUGGGGUGGCUGACAGACAGGGCUUCGACGGCGGUCGCGAUGAGAACGCAGAUGUCGAUGAUGGACUCUUCCCUGCGUUGAACGGGUUUAACAACAACUCGGUCGAGUGGCCCGCCGGGGGUUUUGGCGGUCUCGAUGGCGGCGGCGGACGGCUCGAUAUGCGCGGCUUCAGCAAUUUCAACAUGAGCGAUGGAGAGCCGACGGAGGACGAGGGUCAGUCCCCGUUGCGCGGCCGGACGUCCUACCAGCGCGGCCGCAUUCAGAGCACCUCUCCCUCUGGCGUGCUGGCCGUGGAGCCGCCACCGCCGCCACCCGCCGACGGCGUAAACGUCCCUCGCUAUCGCAUGCAGGUGAUCUACAUUAGUGCCGAUGAAUCGUCAGAGGAGGUGCGCCACGCCGUGAGCGCGAUGCCGCCGCAGUGGCUCUGCCUCUCCCCGUACGUGGCGCAGAGUACGGCGGAGCGGCAGCUGCAGCAGCUCGCCUGCGACGGCGCGCGCAAAAUCUUCCGAGUCACCUCGUUUCCUCGAGUGGUGGUGGUGGAGUUGCCAGCGGCGCAGCAGGCGCCGGGCAAGCACACUCAGGACACUACGUCGCAGGUGCCGGCCGCCGGUGCUGGGGAGCGUGGGGAUGCCGGCACGCCAGGCGGAGGUGAGGAGGCGACAGACGACGGGGAAGCCUUCGGUGGUACUAACCCCACCACCACGACGGCGGCCGCGGCGCUUCAGCGCCAGCAAACGGAGGAGCUGUUUGAAGACCUGUGGACGGUGGUGCAGCUGCACGGCGAGACGCAGCUCAACGCCGAUCCGGAGGGCAAGAAGUUCCCGUGGUCGAACAGCAGCAGUGACGUGUUGCGCAUCUCCCGUGAUGCGAUGUCCGCCUUGCCGCGCGAGGAGCAGCGGGCGUGGACGUGCCUGCUCAGCAGCUUCCAGCAGCAGCAGCAGCGGCAACAGGGCGACACGCCCUCUACCACCUCGUUGCAUCAAUCCCCUGUGCUGGGCUGCAGCAACCCGGACGACGUCGACGUCGCGCUGUCGCGCCUUCGCACGGCCCCCACGCGGCUGGUGACGGUAGACCAGGAGGACGACACGGCUGCUCCCCGCGACGCCGCCUCCAUCACGCGUGCGCCGUCUCCGCCCCCCGUGUCGCUCGCCCGUCUCUUCCCUCCCCUGAAGCCGUUUGCGGUCGGUGACGGUGAGCUGCUCACGCUGUUAGAGCGGGGUGGUUAUUUCGUGGUGCUCGGCGCCUUUGGCUCUAUCGACGCGCAGCUGCAUCAGCAGUGCGUCAGUGCGUUGGAGGAGGUCCGGACGUGGUUCUACGCCGAGGUCGAGGAGCGCAAGGAGCAGGCGUGGCGUGAGCCGACGCGACUGCAGGUGAUGGCGCCGCACGGUACCUACUCCACCUCCUUCACCGUCGGCGGUGAUCGCGUCGUGCUGCCGCCCGCGGUGCACGUCAACUCCAGUGAGGAGUACGGCACCCCGACCCGGUACUCGCCAGGCAUUCCCGCCGCAGCGCUGUUGCCGGAGCAGGGCGGCGGUGGGGUCGCGGGUACCGCCGUUGCAUCUAGCCUGUCGCACGGCGGCGGCACGGCGCGUGUUGGGACGCCCUUCCUGCUGGACGAGGGCUGGCCGGAGGGCCGCACCUUCCUCAACUCCUCGCCCAACUUCUCAUCGAUGACCCCGCCCAUGAGCGGUGGGCCCGGCGCUAUUCCGCUUGACGGAAGCACGAGCCUUCACAACCAGCAACUCUCGUACGGGUCCAUUGGCGGACCCGGGGUUGGCGGUUCAAACAAGGCCCCCGCAGUGCGUCCGUUGCCGUCCGUCUUCUUCUACGACUCCAUCCUGACGAACCCGCACCACCCACACCGGCAGAGCGUCAACAUAACGGCCGCCUCGCCCGCGGCCGCCGCACCCGUGACAGGUGUGGGCAGCAGCGAGGGCCUGACGCAGGUGGCGGCCGCGCCGUGGGUCAACGCCUCGCCGACGUCAGCGCGUGCCGCCUCCCCAUCUCCCGUGCCCGUUCCGCACGUCAUGGACAACACCGCCUCUCUCCGGCGGCACCACGCAAAGGAUCUGGCGGUGCUGCAGGAGUACGUCAUCGCCCCCAUAUUUGAAAACAACGAGAAGAUGCUACCGGUACGGGAGGGGGAGGUGUAUUUGGCGUUGGUGCGGUGGCCCCAGCGGACGGCAGCGGUGUUGCGGCGUCGUCUCGCUUCUGAAGUCAAGGCGCCCACCACCACCACCACAGCAGCAACAUCAGGAGGGGGGAGCGUGUCUGCGUCAGUAGCGGCGACGUCGACCGCAGCCGGCGGCGGAGCAGCGCUGAGCAACGCAGCCUCCACGGGCGGCGGUGCGUCGACAUCGCCCUCCCUUACGGUGAGCAGCAACAGCAGCAGCAGCAGCCCUGCGAACGCGCGCGGUGUCAGUGGGCCGCCUUCUCCGGGGCAGACGCUGCUGCUGCCCGAGGCGUCGCUGCGUCGUCAGCCCGGGUCGCCCUCUCCUCUAUCCCCCACUAUCAACAUCACAACGGGGGCAGGGGCGGGAGCGACGUUGAGCCACCCAGGGACGCCGGCGCUCUCUGCCGCCUCUGCUUCACCGGGAGCCGCCGCCGUCUCCUCGAUGAGCGCCACAGCAGCGGAGAGCAACUCGACGUCCUUGGCGGCAGUCAACAAUUACACGUCCGCCGCUACGUCGCUGAACGCCACGGUGCGCACGGAGGGGUCGGGGAAGGAGGGCUCGCCGGACCCUGAUGUAACACCGCUGACCUCCGCGGAGUCCAUUAAGCUCUUCCUCUACGAGCAUGUUUUGCGGCCGAUGACGGCGUAG